AUGUAUGUAAAGGUAAUAAAUGCCUCAUUUUCUGAAGAUUUUCACCUGAUAGCAUUCUCAAGACUUCAGAAUUUCUCCUAUGUUCUUAUCCUCAGUAUUUUAUUGAUGUAUAUUUUAUGUAUGUUAGGAAAUCUGAUUAUUAUAGCAGUUGUAUGGGCGGCACCACGACUACACACUCCAAUGUACUUUUUCUUGUGUAACCUGUCUACCCUGGACAUGGCCUAUGUUUCUACUAUUCUUCCAAAGUUUCUGGACUCACAAAUAACUAAGAACACCAGCAUUUCCUUCACAAACUGUUUCACUCAGUUAUUCAUGUAUGUGGCAUGUGUGAAUACAGAAUUUUUACUGCUGUCUUCUAUGGCUUUUGACCGAUAUGUGGCAAUAUGUGUCCCCUUGAAAUAUCCCAUCAUCAUGGAUAAAAGAGUAUGUAUUAUACUUUCUUUUUACCCAUGGACAGUUGGUACCUUGAACUCGUUGCUGUAUUUUUUCCUGAUAUCUCGUCUUUCUUUUUGUGAUUCCAAAGAUAUCAUCCACUUCUACUGUGAUAUGAAAGCCCUUCUGAGAGCCUCCUGCAGUGACACCAAACAUGUGAACAUUGUGAUAUUAUCAGAAGGAUAUACUUUAGGUUUUAUGGCAUUUGGUAUGAUUUUGACUUCUUAUGUUUUUAUUAUAUCUUCCAUUCUAAAGAUCAAAACAUCGGCUAGAAGACUAAAGAUCUUCUCCAGCUGUUCUUCUCAUCUAACAGUUGUCUUACUCUUUUGUGUUUCUUCUCUGAGCGUUUAUAUGAAUCCUGACUCUGAAAGCUCCACAGAACUGGACAUGAUGCUCUCCUUGUUGUAUGUGGCAGUGGUGCCAGCCUUAAAUCCUCUGGUCUAUAGUCUGAGGAACAAAGACGUUUUAGAUGUUUUAAGAAAACAUAAGGUUAUUUCUUAA